AAGGGCAUAAAACCAUCCCAGGCAGUCAGAAGCAGCUCAGUCCUGUGAGUGUCAGAGAGCUGAGAUAGCCCUGCUCCAUACACAGAUGGGACCAUGAACUCCAGCCACAGCUUUAACUCAGCCUCUGCCCACAGCCUCGGAAGCACCUGGGGGCAGCGUGGGAGCUGCCAUAGAACCCCGAGCGUCCAUGGAGGCGCAGGGGGUGUCCGCAUCUCCCUUUCCUUCACCACGCCAGGCUGCCCACCUCCUGGAGGGUCAUGGGGGUCUGGAAGAAGCAGUCCCCUGCUAGGUGGCAAUGGCAAGGUCACCAUGCAGAACCUCAAUGAUCGCCUGGCCACUUACCUGGAGAAGGUGAGGGCUCUGGAGGAGGCCAACUCGAAGCUGGAAAGCCGCAUCCUUCGGUGGCAUCAGGAGAGAGAACCCAGCCACAGAAAGGAUUAUUCCCAAUAUGAGGAAAACAUCAGCCACCUGCAGGAGCAGAUAGUGGACGGUAAGAUGGCCAAUGCUCACAUUGUUGUGCUCAUUGACAACGCCAGGAUGGCAGUGGAUGACUUCAACCUGAAGUUUGAAAAUGAACACUCCUUAAAGAAAGACUUGGAAAUUGAAGUUGAGGGCCUCCGAAAGACCUUGGAUGAUCUGACCAUUGUCACGACAGACCUGGAACAGGAAGUGGAGGGAAUGAGAAAAGAGCUCAUCCUCAUGAAGAAGCGCCAUGAGCAGGAAAUGGAGGAGAAUCACUUGCCAAGUGACUUCAAGGUCAGUGUGAAGGUGGACACAACCCCAGGGGAAGAUCUGAUCAAGGUCUUGGAAGAUAUGAGGCAAGAAUACGAGUUAAUAAUAAAGAAGAAACAUCAAGAGUUGGACACCUGGUUCAGAGAGCAGUCAGCUGCCAUGGCCCAGGAGAUGACCAGUCCUGCACCUGUACAGGGCAAUCAAAGUGAUAUCCAUGAGCUGAGGCGAACAUUCCAAGCCCUAGAGAUUGACCUGCAGGCCCAGCACAGCAGGAAAUCCGCUUUGGAAAAUAUGCUGACAGAGACCCAGGCCCGGUACUCCUGCCGUCUCCAGGACAUGCAGCAGAUCAUCUCCCACUAUGAGGAAGAGCUGAUUCAGCUCCGCCAAGACCUGGAGCGUCAGAACAACGAACACAAGGUGCUGUUGGGCAUCAAAACCCACCUGGAGAAGGAAAUCGCCACCUACCGCCGGCUCCUGGAGGGAGACACUGAAGGGAGGAUGGAUGGAUCUGAGUCAAGACUAAAAGGAUCUGCAGCUUCAACGAUCAAGGCCAUCACUCAAGAGAGUGUCAAUGGAAGAAUAGUUCUUUCUCAAGUGAAUGAGAUACAAAAGCAUAUGUGACACCAAGACAUCUCUGCCUGUUGUAAAAAAAAAAAAAAAAAAAAAAAAAUCCCCCCUAUGGGUGAGUCUCAACGGAAAUCCUUGGAGUUUUUGGAUUCAGAAACUUUUCUCUAUAAUGGUCUCACAGGACUUCCCAUAAUGCUCUUAAUAUAUUGUUGGAAUUUUUGAGUGAAAGAAGAAGUUUAUAAAUUAAAGCUCUACUCUCCUGCUCUCAUGGUACAGUGUCUGGGGCCCAUGCAUUUGGUUUAGAGCCAAUAAACCUCCAUGCAGGU